AUGAGUAACGAAGUUGAUGAUAGUGAUCAAACCAAUUUGAUCUCGCAUCUACGUACUAUAAUUAUUCUUGCUGCUCGAAAAUCGACAACAUCAGAUAUUGACAUCGCUGCGGUUGACAAAAUAGUCGAAACAACUCUAGACUUUAUAAAAAAUAUUCUCGAACAAAUGGCACAUGAAAAUAAUUCAUCAUCAUCAUCAUUUUCAUCUUUCGAUCUAUUAAAUACAAUUCGACUUAAUUCACAUUUAAUUCCUAAUCGAAAAUUAUUCUUUUCUCUUAUGGAAACAAUGAAUCAUCUUUAA